AUGAAGGGCUGGCUCCAGACUCUGGGCUUAACUGCCCUGCUGGCAGGACGAGCGCUUGCAAAUGAAAUUGAAUUGACACAAGAUGAAGCCCAUCGGCAACGGUGCUCGGGGAUGUACAGCCGCAAGGCUUGGGGCGGACAGGUUGAUCCUUUCAUAUUGACCAAGUUCGUCUCUGAGUCGGCCGGCGAUAGCGAUGGCCUCGUCAGUAUGGUAAUCUUUGAAUGGAGCGAUGAGGCUUUGAUUGGGAGGUUGGUGUCGGACGACGCCGAGGAGAAAGAGACAAUCUGCGAUGAAGCUAGUGUACGAGCGAAGCUAUGUAAAGAAGAAGAAAUCGGCUCCUUUAUCCUCGCCGCCAACGCGACCGACGCCUCCCUAUUCCCGAUCAUGUCCAAAGCGAUAAACUUGAAUAAACCGGAACCGAUCAAUUAUCCGAUAAAGAAAACUGGCUUCUACUGCGUGAGCACGUAUGGAUUCUCUGGAAAGGACUAUAAAGCGGUGGUCGAGUUUAGGAAUGCGUAUGGAGAACUUCCGGCUGCGCAAAUCGCCAAACUACCAUUCUAUGGCGGCCUUACCAUUGUCUACGCUGUGGUUGGAAUUUUCUGGGCUUUCCUAUAUGUGCAAAACCGACACGAUAUUUUGCCCGUGCAGAACUACAUAACCGCUAUCUUGGUCUUCUUGAUCGUCGAACAGUUGAUGACUUGGGGCUUCUACGAUUAUCAAAAUAGGAAUGGUCUAAAUAUGGGUGCAAAAGCACUGAUGGUCAUUGUUGCAGUCCUCAAUGCCGGAAGAAACGCCUUCUCAUUCUUCCUCCUUUUGAUCGUCUGUAUGGGCUAUGGUGUUGUCAAGCCCUCCCUCGGCCGCACCAUGGUUUAUGUCCGCAUCCUCGCUAUAACCCACUUUGUUUUCGCCGUGAUCUAUGCUGUAGCAAGUCUAUCGAUUACGCCCGACAGUGCUGGACCCCUUGUCCUUCUGAUUGUGCUUCCGCUCGCCGGUACAUUGACUGCCUUCUAUGUGUGGACGUUGAACUCGUUGAAUGCCACCAUGAAGGACCUGGUUGACCGAAAGCAGAAGGUGAAAGCUAUGAUGUACAAGAAGCUGUGGUGGUGCAUUCUGGGUAGCAUUAUGGUGAUCUUCGGGUUCUUCUUCAUCAACUCGAUCGUCUUUGCUGGUCGCAGCGAGGCGAGCUUCGUGCCGGACCACUGGAAGACUCGAUGGUUUGUGCUGGACGGCUGGCUCAACCUCGUCUACCUGUUCGACAUUGGCUUCGUUGCCUAUCUGUGGCGACCUACCGCCAACAACCGACGAUUCGCCAUGAGUGACGAGCUUGCCCAAGACGACGACGGCUUCGAGAUUCGGUCCUUCGGUAGCGCGUUGGAUGAGGAAGACGUUCUUGCUGACACCGAACAGCAUCCGUCUGAGCAGCGCCGUGACCUCUCGCCUGUUCCUCCCAAGCCCGUUCCUUCUGCCCCGCGCCAACGGGAGUCUUUGGACGGAGAGACGAUUUUCGCUGUCGGUGAAGAUGGCGACAAAUGGACGGAUGACGAGGAUGAAUCACCAAAGAACUCCGGCGAGCACCAACGACUCACCGGCAAGGACAGGGAUUAA